GUGCAUUAUGUACGCAAGAACUCCACCCCAUAGUUCAUUUGUUUAGUGACAGGCUUCGGUACCUGAAGAGAGAAAAUGUCUGGGACAGGUGCGCAAAGUAAAAGUAAAACUGAUUCACCAAUGGAGUACAAGAUGGACCACAAGAGGCGAGGCAUGGCACUCAUCUUCAACCAUGAAAAUUUUCACGGUUUAAAGGAACGCCGCGGCACAAAUAAAGACAGAGACAAGCUCACAGAAAGAUUUCAAGGCUUAGGGUUUGAAGUGAAUUGUCACAAUGACAAAAGUAAGGCAGAGGUGCUAAAGGAAAUACGCAAAGCUGCCGCAGCCAACCACGCAGAUGCUGACUGCUUCGUCUGCAUUUUCCUAACUCAUGGGGAAGAAGGGAAAAUUAAUGCCUAUGAUGAUAAGAUUAAGAUUAAGGAAAUAACAGAUUACUUCAGAGGAGAUCAGUGCAAUAGCCUUGUAGGGAAGCCCAAGAUCUUCAUCUUCCAGGCGUGUGCUGGUGACAAAUAUGAAGAUGCUGUGACCGGCAUGAUGGCAGGGGACAGUGAUGAUGAGGAAGAGGUGGAGGAAGCAGCUAACAUCUACACCAUCCCAGCAGGGGCAGACUUCCUCAUGUGUUACUCUGUAGCAGAGGGAUUCUAUUCAUUCCGUGAUAUAAAUUCUGGAUCAUUCUACAUUCAGGAUUUGUGUGAAACGGUGCAACAGUAUGGCUCAACUAUGGAGUUCACCGAGCUACUAACACUGGUCAACCUGAAGGUUUCCCGACGUACUGCAAGUGGUCAGAAUUUUAAGAAUAAAAAACAAAUGCCCUGCUUCACCUCCAUGCUGACUAAAAAAGUCUACUUUGGGUCCAAGAAAUAGUAAAGCACCCACACAGUACAUUACUUUUCACCAUUACUCACUUAAUGAUAAAUAAACAUUAUUGGUCUUAUUAGUGUUUUUUCCCCUAACAUUUUACAAGGAAGAUAUCAAAAUUAUAUAUAUAUAUAUAUAUAUAUAUAUAUAUAUAUAUAUAUAUAUAUAUAUAUAUAUAUAUAUAUAUAUAUAUAUUAUUUAUGAUAUAUCUAAUUCUGACAACACUUAAGAGAAUUACAAUAUUGACCCACUAAAUCAGUUACAGCUACUUUUAUAGAAAAUUAGAUUUGAGAAUUCAACAGCGUUGACUGGUAUAAAAAGCUAAUAAUGCACUGUGAUUAAGAUAGACAUUAUCCUUAGUAAUCUAAUUACAUCUGACUACUGCAAACCUGUAUAUUUAAACAUUUUUUUUAAACUUUCAUUAUUUUCUAAUUAUAGACAAUUAAUUGUAAUCAUUAAUGAAUGUUGUUCAACAUGUUCAGGAUUAGAUCUGUCAAUCCUAUGUUCAUAGAUUUUGCAAAGCAAGUAAUUGCUUUCAUUUUCUCUUGUACUGUAAUAAAGUUUCUUAGGGUUUGUUUUACACAUUUAUACGAUUUGCUGGUGAAUCAAAGAUUAAAGUCUUUUGACAUCCAGAGUAAAAAAAGAGAA